AUGAUAUCUGGUAGAGUUAGAUCUUUAUUAUUCGCAGGAUCUAUGGUUAAGAAUCUUAGACCCUUGUCAAUGACCAUUGCAAAGUUUUCCGAAGAAAGUUUUGCUAAACCUAAUAAUGAUGGUAUUGAUGAUCUUUUAAAUAGAAACAAUAAAGAAUAUAAGUCUUCUGACACCAGACCUAAAAAAUCAUUUUCUGUGAAUAGAGUAGAACUUAUUGGUGGGGUUUCGAAAGAUCCUGUUCAACGUUUAACUUAUGCAAAUAAGGAAUUUUCUGUUUUUACACUUGCUACAAAUAAGGUAGUUAAAGAUAGAGAGACAGGUGGAGAAAAGGAUGUUGUUGAUUACCAUGAAAUUCUUGCAUUUGGAAAGAAUUCACUUUUUGUAAAAGAUCGUGUAAAAAAAGGUGAUAGAAUUUUUUUAACAGGAAAAUUAAGCUACAAUCAUCGUUUUUCUGAUUCUGGAGAUAAAAUUUCCAAAGCUGUUAUUAUAGCAGAUAUAAUAAGCCAAUUUAGUUCUAGAAGAAAUAAUUAA